UGGUGAUGUCACUGCCUGUUGUGUGUGGGGUUUUUUUCACAGCUAUCACAAUGUUUCUUUCAUCAGCUGCUGCUGUUGUUUUCCUUGGCCGACCCAUCCAGUGCCUGUUGCUCAGUACACCAGUGGUUUCUUACUUUUUCAGGACAUUCCAAAUUGUUGCACUGGCUAUGCCCAAUGUUUGAUUAUCCCUCUUUUCUCAGCUUCCUUAUGGCUUGCAUUUCUCCCAUAGAUAGCGUUCUGAUCUUUGUGCUGGUUUAUCCUUUUUAACAGCAAAUGCAGUCUUCACAGGUGAAACUGAAGGCCAAAACCAAUAGUAGAUGUUCAGAGUUAUUCAUUUUUCAAACAAUUGAUCAAACAGGACACACCUGGAUAACAAGUAACAACUGUCAGUCACAUGUUACAAUAUUUUUGCUCACCUACAAAUUGGCUGGUCUGAUACAAAAUGUGAUAUGUUUUAUGUUGUUUAACACAUCUACAUAUAAAUCUCAGGAAAUAAAAUCGGAAAUUCUAAACUCUCCUCAUAUUCAUCUUUUGAUCUUAAUCCCGGACGUCUUCAGUCUACAGCAAAAAUAAAAUUUAAUUGGCCUUGUUCCAAUAGUUUUGCAGGGCGGUGUACAUAAAUUAUAUUUAAGCAUGAUCAAAUGGUCAUUCUUGUAAAAGAGGUGGUAGGUGCACUGGAAAAUAUUGAACAUGACUCUGAGCUGCUCUGCAUUGUGUGAAUCAGCACUUCUGGUUUGUGGUUUCAGAGAAAAAGUUACUGUGGGAAGGCCAAAGGUAUAAAAGACCUCCAGCAAAUGUUGCAUUAAGACGAGACUAUUCAGCUCUCAAGAAGUCACUUACCUUGUGCAUCUUCAACCAGUAUGCUCCGAAACCUCCUCGUUGCUUCUUUCCUCAUAGGCGCAGCCUAUGCAGUGCACCUGGAAUACCUGAAAGUUGACUCUGAGGAACUCCUUGAUGAGACUUGGGAUGAGGAUUUGCUGAUGCCCGAGGAACAGAUCCCUGGUCUGUGUUGGAUUUGUAAGCAGCUCAUGAAGAAAGUGAAAAAACAUCUUGGUAAUCAUGAAAAUGCGGAAAAGAUUAAAGAAAAACUGAGGAGAGGCUGUGACAAACUCCCAGGUGUGAAGGAUUUGUGUAAGAAAAUGGUUAAUAAGAACAUUGAUCUCUUGGUGGAGGAACUUUCUACUGAUGAUGAUCCGAAAGCAAUCUGUGCUAAAGCUGGCCUUUGCAACUCAGUGGACAUGUGGGAAUUGAUCCAAGCUUUUCCACAAAACUACCAGAAGCUCUGAAGGAGCACAAAACUCCAGCAUGGCAAGAAAUGAAUGAAACUGUAAUUAGAUGUUUAAAACAUUAAUGGUUGCAAAUCAUUCUCUGCUAAUAAAUUUUUUUUAAGCAUUAAUUCUCUCUCUUUCUAUGUGUACAAAAUAGUUAAUGCUGGUUGAAUCUGUAAAGGGUCUGUAAAAAGUGCUAUGUCAGAUUUAUUCAAAGAACUUCAACAAAAUUUUUUUUUUUUUACAAAUGAUCAUUUUAUUUGCAAGUGUAGACCACACCAAAUGGUAGUGACAUGGAGAGUGAUUGUGGAACUAUAAUAAAGAAGAACUGUGAGAACUUGGACUGUGGUUUUAGAUGGCUUCAAUUUUGUCUAGACAACCAUGUUCCCACCAGAUGAAGUCAGGUAGGAGUUGUUGUGUAGUUGGUUUGCUAAUUAUAAUAUCAGUACAUCAAAAUGAGGAACAUACUGGAAAAACUUCAAUGAACUCUCUGCUAAAGGUCUGUUAGAAUAGUUUACAACAAAACAAGACAUGGCUGUGAAACAGAACUGUCAGGAGCUUCAG